AUGUCUGCACCCGGUACACCUGUCUCCAAGCUUGCUAGCCAAGCUAGCUCUGCUGAACCUUCUCCGGCCAUCCAAGCAUUGCACCAGGCGCAGAACGCCCCGGCCCCUACAACCCUUGAGAUGCAGCGCCAGCUUCUCCAGCAGAAGCUUGCUGAGCAGAAAAAUGCUCCGUUCACUUCUCCUACCGAUGACAUGAUGACACCCUGUAGCAAGAAGCUCCAGAACGUUAAGAGCAAAUCUUUCGCAAAGGGUAAACCAAAACUUCUCUCAAAGUCGUUUGGAAAGUCGAGAGGACUCGCGAAGUCGGGAGGUCUCUUCGGUGGCGCCAGCAAGUCCUCGUCGGUAGCAGGAUCUGAUCCCUUCGGCGCCUCGGACCCUAUCGCCAAAUAG